AUGGCGACCGGUGAGAGGCGAUCAAAUCUCAGGUUGCUCAGGACGUCAUUGAUUCUGGAUAAAGGCGACACACGCACGACUCGCCAUGGAGACUGUCUCAGACUGUGUACUUACAACGCGAGAACAGUUUCCACAGACGCCGACCUGCAUGCCCUUCUCGGAGCUGCAGAGCGUAUCAAAUUUCACGUGAUUGCUCUGCAGGAGACCAAGUGCAGAAGGAGCGACGUACGACAGAUGAAUGACGGUACACUCGUCAUUCGUGGAGAGAAGGUUCCGUCGCGAAAUGUAGGCGGUGUUGGUUUCGUUGUGCACCCAUCUGUCGUCCAUCUCGUCGAUUCUCACGAGAUCCUGUCACCUCGUCUGGCCAUUCUUCGCCUCCGCCCUCUGCGCCAAAAAUCCAUCAGUAUCAUCAACUGCUAUUCACCAACAUCAGCAGCUGAUGAUUCCGAAUUGGACGCGUUUUACGAGGAGCUGGAGGAAGUAGUCCACAACGAGAAGUCCUUUUACAAAUUCGUUGUCGGAGACUUCAACGCAAAACUAGGAAAGGCCACAGAAGAGGAAUACAGGAUUGGAAGAUUUGGACUAGGGGACCGGAAUGAAAAUGGCAAUCGUCUCGCCGGGCUGUUGUCCGCCGCUCGCCUCUUUCAUGGGAACUCUCUUUUCAUGAAAAAAGAUCAUCGUCGGUGGACAUGGGAAUCGCCCAAUGGCGCGACUCGUGCGGAGAUCGACCACAUACUCACCAACCGGAGGUGGUGUCUACUUGACGUCUCAGUAGUACCAUCCUUUUGUAGUGGUUCUGAUCACCGUCUUCUUCGUGCGAAAAUACGACUUAGCCACACGAUGGAAAAGAACAUCUGCUAUCGGCAACGAAGGAGAAAAGAAGUUGUCUACGACGAUUGCGUACUCGAGGACUCCCUGUCCCAAGGUGACUGGCACAUCGAGGAGGACCCAAACGUGGACUACGAGAUGCUGCUCAGAGGAUUACGAGCCUGUGCUGAACGUGCCUCGAAGUCGCGCACGACAAACUUGGAUCGAAUUUCGAAGACCACCAAGGAAUUGUUAGGAAGAAGAAGGGCUUUGAGGCUUGAUCCGAAUGCAUCGCACAUUGAGCGGUUAGUAGCAAACACUAGCUGCAGAAAAGCGUUGCAGGAGGAUCUUUUGAAGUACAGGCAGAAGAAGAUUCUAGAAGCAGCAGAAAGAAGAACGAGUCUAAAGAAGUGCCGCAGGGAUCUCCGCGAAUAUAAUGUUCCGCUAGCAACCUUGCUGAGCGAAGACGGGACUCGCACGUCUUCUCGUCGUGAGAUGGAAAUCAUUACGGAGAGGUUCUACUCGAACCUUUUCCGUUCAUCAACUCCUGUGUCAAGCCCAAUCAUCCCCACUGGCGAAGCUCCACCACGGAUUCUCCCUUCGGAAGUACGAGUCGCUAUCAAGAGCAUGAAACCUGGCACAGCCCCCGGACCUGAUUUUAUUUCAGCAGACUUUCUUCGGGCUGGUGGCCAUCCGCUUCAUGUAAUCUUAGCAGCGCACAUGACAUCCUAUCUUCAGAAAGAAAGGAUCCCAGACCAGUGGAAGACCUCGCGAACCGUUCUUAUCCAUAAGAAAGGUGACCAAGAGGACCUUCGGAACUACCGUCCGAUAUGCUUGCUGAGCGUGUUAUACAAAGUAUUCACCAAGAUCAUCCUCACACGCAUAUCUAGGACGCUGGAUGAAGCCCAGCCUCAAGAACAAGCUGGAUUCCGCCAAGGGUUCAGCUGCUUGGACCACAUCCAGACCGUGUCGAGGGUCAUAGAGGUUUGCCGGGAAUACCGCCUGCCCCUUGUUCUAACCUUCGUCGACUAUGAGAAAGCCUUUGACAGCGUAGAAACGAAUGCAAUACUGUCAGCGCUGGUCGAUCAAGGUGUGGACGCGUCGUAUGUGAGGACAUUAGCCAAUUGCUACGAACGAUGCACAACUAGGAUACAGCUUUUCCACCGCCCUCUCACCAUACCCAUUGGAAAGGGGGUACGACAAGGCGAUACUAUAUCGCCGAAGCUGUUCACGGCUGCAUUGCAAUGGAUAAUGAAAUCACUAUCCUGGGAAGAAAGGGGCAUACGUGUUGAUGGAAGAUUUCUUUCGAACCUUCGUUUCGCGGACGACAUCGUUCUCUUUUCGAGCAGUACCAAUGAAGCAGAAACGAUGCUCAACGAAUUGAACGAAGCAGGGAAGAGAAUAGGACUACGAAUAAACAGAAAGAAGACACAGUUCAUGAAGAACGCGCACUGCGAGGACGGAGGAGUACAACUUGAAGGCUCCCAAAUCGUGGAAACUCCGUCAUACGUAUACCUCGGACGUUCUAUGAACAUGGAAAACGACUUGAAGGAAGAACUGAAUAGAAGAAUGAGAGCAGCAUGGGCAGCAUUCGCAGCCGUCAGGGAAGCUACGGACCAACUGACGGACCAUGAUCUUUGUGCCCAUCUGUUCGACUCGACAGUCCUUCCAGCGCUCUGUUACGCAGCGGAGACGUGGGCAGACACCGCGGCCACGUCUAGGAAGCUACUUACUACCCACAGAGCCCUUGAGAGAUGUCUCCUGAAGUUUAACCGGCGCACACAACACCUUGCCGGUCUUCGUAGCUCCGACUUAAGAGGAAUGUCCCGUCUUCGCGACCCAGCGGAAUAUGUAUCGAAAGCAAAACAUAGAUGGGCCGGUCACAUCAUGAGAAGAAUCGACGAUAGAUGGACUAAAAGAACGCUAGAGUGGAUCCCAAGGGACGCUAAACGCCCCCGAGGGAGACCGCCAACGAGAUGGAGUGACGUGUUCGCUGCACGGAUGGACCAGCUGAGAGCUCAGCUGGAUACGGCUCAAGGACCUCGUCAACGUCACUCACGAAGCUUGAGAACAUCUUGGAUGACAAUGGCGAGGGAACGAAAUGAGUGGAAGGGAUGCUGGGGCCCGCACGUCGAGUGA